GUGUCGGUGGGUCUGGGUUGUGACUGUGGGACAAAAUGACUCGUAGUCGAAAUGAUUGCGAUUGUUACUGAAUAAAGGCAAGCUUCACUCGCUGCCAUUCAUCAAAAUACCACGCUGCGAAAAAGAGUACUCAUUAUUUCUCAGCGCAUAGGUGGAAACAGGGAACACAAAAGGGAAAGAAGACGAAGGUGUAUUCAUCCCGGAUAUAGCAGCGAUCUGUAGCUAGCUGGCUAUUUAUUUUAACGAUGGUUUUAAUGAUGGAAUCUCAGUGCGAGUAUUUUAUGUAUUUUCCUGCCGUUCCCAUCUCGGACUUAUCAGACCCGGCAAGGUACCGGACCCUUCCACGUCGCAGUCAUCUCUACCUCGGCGAGACCGUCCGCUUCUUGCUUGUUUUGCGCUGUCGGGAUGCGUCGGGGAGUGGGGGAGCAGGUGUCGGCGGGUCGGAGUGCACCAGCGGUCGCGCUUGGAGAGAACUGGCGGGGUCUCUGUGCGCUGUUGCCAGUGUCAGCCCUGGUGAAAGCAGACAGCGAUCACAGCCCUAUCACGACUACCAGAGCAGCGGAGACGAGGGUGCAGAGGAGGCCGAUGACGAAGAUACUGCAGCAGCAAGCACGGGCAGAGGGGACGGGAGGAACCGUGGCUUCAGGGAUUGCAAGCCGCUUCUUAUACAUAAUAACACGGGCAGUGGCGGGCGGGAGUAUCGCAGGGCUCCGCUGCAGUCACCAUUGGAUGAGCCAGUGGUACUGACAGAUGAGGUCAUCUUCCCCUUGACGGUGUCUCUCGACAAACUCCCUGUCAGCACUCUCAAGGUUAAGAUCAUAGUGACGGUGUGGAAGCGGGACGUGGAGAAGGCGGAGGUUCGGGAGCACGGAUACCUCACCAUUCUGCAGCAGCGCAGCCCCACCCACACCUUCCGCCACGACCUGAACACCUUCAAGGCCCAGGUCAGCACCACGUUGACUGUUCUGCCACCCCCUACCGUGAGGUGCCAGCAGAUGACCGUGUCAGGGAAGCACCUGACCGUCCUAAAAGUGUUAAACGCGUGUUCCCAGGAAGAGGUGUGUGUUCGUGACGUGCGGAUUCUGCCCAACUUCAACGCGUCCUACCUCCCCAUGAUGCCCGACGGGUCUGUCCUGCUCGUCGAUAACGUCUGCCAUCAGUCAGGUGAGGUCGCCAUGGCGUCCUUUUACCGGAUGGACAGCCUGUCCUGCCACCUUCCCAGCAUGCUCAGCGCCCUGGAGGAGCACAACUUCCUUUUCCAGCUGCAGCUCAGUGACCAGCCGCAGGAGGACACCAAGGAGGGUCUGGAGGUGCCUUUGGUGGCAGUGCUGCAGUGGUCCACUCCCAAACUGCCGUUCACCAACUGCAUCUACACGCAUUACAGGUUGCCUAGCGUCAGGCUGGACCGCCCGCGGUUUGUGAUGACCGCCAGCUGCCCGAGUGCGGUCAAGGCCCGGGAGCACUUCCAGGUCCGGUACACGCUGCUCAACAACCUGCAGGACUUCCUGGCCGUCCGACUGGUCUGGACCCCUGAGGGUCGAGGUCAGAGUGAGGACCAAGCGGUCAGUGCUGUGGUGUGUCACUCUCCUCUCAGUAACCUGGGUCACUGUCAAAAGGGCAGCACCCUCUCUUUCACCGUGGCCUUCCAAAUCUUGAGGGCGGGGCUCUUUGAGCUCAGUCAGCACAUGAAACUGAAGUUGCAGUUCACUGCCUCGGUCUCGAACCCGCCUCCUGAGGCCCGACCCCUGUCCCGCAAGAACAGCCCGUCCAGCCCGGCGGUGCGGGACCUGUUGGACCGGCACCAGGCCAGUCUGGGCCGCUCCCAGUCCUUCUCCCACCAGCAGCCCUCACGAUCCCACCUCAUGAGGACGGGGAGUGUCAUGGAGCGCCGCGCCAUCACCCCUCCUGUGGGCUCUCCCAUUGGCCGGCCACUCUACCACCCCCAGGAGAAGGCCAUCCUCUCCCUGGACAAGAUCGCCAAGAGGGAGUGCAAAGUACUGGUGUUGGAGCCGGUCAGUUAAAGAGAGAGGGUGGAGGGGACAUGCUGACAGGAAGACACACAAGCCUACUAUGAAAGACACCGGUGACAGAAUCAGAGAGACUGACAGGCAUAGACAACAGUACAGAGGGGAAACUGAAGGACAGGAGAGCAGAUCUAUAUAUAUAUAAAGACCAUGACAAUGACUUCCAAUAGAAAACCUUGAUCCAGUGGUGGACUGCUAGGGACGGACAAGCUUGUAUUAUUAAAGACAGACGGACGGGAUGUCUCGCGGUUUCAGGACAGAGACUUGCGCCACAGACUCGGUCGACCCGCUACACGGACACACGCAGUAUGCAGCCUGACGCGUCCGCACGCGGUCACGCGCACACAGACACAUGGAGAGACUUAAGACAUAGCCAAGCCAUUUUAGAGUCUCCUCACCAAGGAAAACGGGAGAACGUCUAUAGGUAUUUAACUUGUAUUUUCAUUUCGACUUCUCAGA